CGUGAAAGAACUAAGUGAACUGUUGCGAAUCUUUCGACGACGAAGAAGAUGCAACGAGCUAGUCGUAUUUUGACCAUGUGAAGCUCUCUUAUUCGCGCUCCAGAAUUGGUGACUGUGUUUUUCGGGAAUUUUGUUAGGUUAUAGAAUAUUGCAUACAAACUAUUCGACAUUUUGUUUGAAUGAAACAAUGCAAUUAUUGUCUCUUAUGCGGAAGACUGGUAAUUUUGAUGUGUUCGCUCAUAUCCCAUUUGUGAAAUCAGGAUCUAGAUGGAUUCUUUUCAAACAAAAAUCGAGUGGAGGAAGGAGACCCAAGAAGAAAAUCUACCACAGGGUCUACGAACUUGACAAAGUGAUGGACUCAGGUAAAAAGCCAUCCUUAAUCUUACAGUUGAAGUCUAUCAUUCAAUCACAGAAGCACCAAUAUCUUCUUCUCAGGGACCUUGAAAAACAAGUUGGGUUUGUUCAGAAAUGGAAUUUCAUGGCAAUCAUGGAGAAGUAUCCUUCUAUAUUUCACGUUGGGGGUGGCAAAAGAGAGCUUCCUUUUGUUUCACUUACCGAAAAGGCCAAGAAGAUAGCAGGUGAAGAAGCUGAAGUGAGAAAAUUAAUGGAAUCUAUGUUGGUCAGGAAUCUGAGGAAGCUGUUAAUGAUGUCUGUUGAUUGUCGAGUACCGCUGGAAAAAAUCGAAUUCAUACAAUCCGAAUUGGGUUUGCCUCAAGAUUUCAAGAACGCAUUAAUCCCCAAAUACCCAGAAUAUUUCUCCGUUAAAGAUUUAAAUGGCAGAGCUUAUCUUCAUCUGGAGAACUGGGAUUCAUCACUUGCAGUAACGGCGCGCGAGGAGAGAUUAGCGCGACUAGGAGAAUUUCAAACCGGUUGCAGCGGAAAGAAAGUUAAGAUAUCCAAAGAUGGUAACUUUCUGGGGCGUUUCGCAUUCAAAGUGUGUUUUCCAUCUGGGUUUAGACCGAACAUGAGUUAUCUUGAUGAACUCGAGAAAUGGCAAAGAUUGGAAUUUCCCUCUCCCUACUUGAACGCCCGAAGAUUUGACACUGCAGAUCCAAGAGCUCGCAAACGAGUUGUCGCUGUACUCCACGAGCUCCUCAGUUUAUCAAUGGAGAAGAGACUGACAUCUGCACAAAUCGAUGCUUUUCGUUCUGAGUAUUUCUUGCCAUCUAAGUUACUACUUUGCAUGAUAAAGCAUCAUGGUAUUUUUUACAUUACAAACAAAGGUGCAAGAAGCACUGUGUUCCUUAAAGAGGCUUAUGAUGGAUCGAAUUUGAUGGAUAAGUGCCCCUUAUUGUUGUUUAACGAUAAAUUUAUAGGUCUUAUUGGUCGGAGAUACAUAUCUUUGGAUGAUGGAGUGCAUUCUCCACAUAGUCUAACCUAAAAAUGUAUUGAAAGAUAGAUAAAAUAUUCAUUUUGUUUGUAGUGAUUUUGAAAGUUUUGAAAUUCAUGUCCUUAAUAUUCUUUAAUCUUCCUGUUUGAUAAGGUUGUAGACUACUUGUAAAUGAUCUUGUGGGUCAAGUAUAGAGGUCUUUUUAAUAUGUAAUAGACUAUAUGUAAACAAAUGAGUUAUU